AUGAAUGGGUUGGAUUAUGACCUGCAUUCUCGUAUUCUUAUGAGUCUUGCAGGCGUGCUGGCAGACGCCAGAGCAAAGACAACAAACGAAGAAGUCGAACGAUUGAUAUCCAAAUGUCCUGAUAUUCCAGUCAUGUCUAUUGGCGAUACAACCAUCAAUGUGCCUGGCCAGCAGCUCAGCGUGGGACGUAUGACGUACCGCUACCAACAUACACUGGAUGCUUUGAUAAAAUAUACGACAGACGCAACAGAAGACAGACAGACUGAACUGGCACCUCGCAUCCUCAGCUAUUUGAAGCAUCUGCCCAUCUAUGAAUGGGAUGAGCAGAUUAUCACAGCAGGGUCCACAUUGCCAGACAAUGUCACUUACAGCCUUGUUUCCGGGCUGUUGGAAAUAGCUCAUCAACGCUCAGAAUUGAGAGAGCACAUUUACAGCACACUGUGGAACUAUGGACAAUGCAUCAUCAAUCUGAUGGACGAGACGGACAAGGAAUAUAUUGUCUAUUUCAUCCUGCCCUCCUUGGCAGGCCUGGCCCGUGCGUUGCAAGUGUCGCCUUACCUUUACAAAGCAUAUCAGCUUCAGGCGCUCUGCGAGUACAUGCAGCCAUUGAUUGUAGACAAGACAUUGGAAAACAUUAGAAACGCCAUUGACAGCUGUCUCAGGGAAUGUGAUGCCGAAGCCUACAGUAGACGAGUGCUAGCCAGUUAUUGGGAAGCAGGCAUACCUCUCAGCUCCAACAGAAUCAUCCACGACCUGCUCAUCAUUCUUCGCAAUGUCACCGCACGUGUGAUUGCAGUCUCCAACCCCACCAACGAGCAGCACGAACAAAUCAGCCUUAAGAAGCUGCAUCUCACCACUAACAUUGAAAAUGCCUGGUCGGAUUUGAUGAUCAAGGUGGCAGAAGGUGUUCAGCCUCAAGGAGACCAGGUGUCUGACACGGACAAGAAACUCAACAAAAAUCUGAGAGGGAUCUAUGUCAUGAGUUUGGGCUAUUUCGAUGACAUCAAAAAGUAUGCGGUCAAGAGGGAAAACGAGGGCAAGAAGUGGUCGUUGGACUCUUACAUGAAGGAGAUCAUGGGCACCAGUUUGCAGGUAGCAGCUUUGUCGUCUGUCUAUUUGCAUCAAGUGGAUGAUGUCUUGAUCAAUUAUGUGUACGAAUGCUUGUUUAAGAAUCCCAGUGGCAGCGAUGCCUGGGUCCACGUAGCGUCUCUAGACACUGCUGUGCUCUUGGCUAUCAAUUUCCCUGGCUUGAACAACAAAAUGACAGAAACUAUCUGCCGUUACUUGGCUACACCAUCUCCUGUGUUUGAGUUGACCACUGAGUUGGAUCAAGAGACACUGACGAUGCAAAGGUUUGCCAUUAUUCGCUUGGCUCAAUGUGUGCAAACCAAACCAUCUGCUCAGAUGCGUCAAGCAGCCAACUCGACGUUUUACGCUCUUUUGAACGAAAUCGCACGCUACUCUGAUCAAGACACCAUUGGCAAGCAGCCUUCUCUGGUGCAUCCCAACGACAUUGCAGGUACGCCUGCUGUACAACUACUAAACGAAUCGCAAAAGCAGCAAGUAUGCGUCAAUGCGCUCUCUGCCAUUGUCGGUGUGGCUGUGUAUCUCAAGGAUGAAUCUAUCAUAUCUCAAGCUUACUCUGUCUUGUCGCUGCGUCGAAAAUCCUUUUCCGUAUCAGCCAUCGCCACACUCACCAGCAGCUUGGUGGAUUUAGCACUUGUCAGCUCUUUGAGCGUGUUUCGCGAUAUCAUCAACUUGUUUUCUGUACUAAGCAGAGAGUCUUUGAUGGUAGACAACAAGCAGCUCACCUCAGCCAUCCUCAAUGCUCAAUACGGUCUCGCCAAGAAGCUCUCAUCCAAGCCUGAACACUAUGAUUGCUACCUCAGCAACUUGCUGGGCUUGUUUGUGGAGAACGGUAACACUAUUCAGCGCAUGAUCAGCAAGAACAAGAAGGAAUCCGAACUGCCUUGGAUAUCCAAGCUGGGCAAGCUUCUCCCUGUGAUUCGCACGCUGCUGGAGCACGACGACUUUAACCCUCAUCUGAGCCCGAGCGAAGACACCGUGUCUCUCUUCCGCAACACUUGGUUCCAUUGCAUCUUGUUUGGCUUUGUGACAGAAACCAUCUGGAUCCGUGAAUGGCACGAGUCGAUGCUCUUUAUCGCUAAAAAGACACCUGCCCUUGUCAUUGAAAGCGCUACCAACUAUCUUGAAAGCGACCUCGAAUACAAUUCCGUGCUGCGUGGAGCAAACACGUCAGAUCGAGACAUUGGAUCCUUGCGACAAAAACUGACAGCAUUGUUACCCGCUUUGGCCUACGACACCAAGAAUUUCUCAUUUGCUCAGGUUGUGUUUGCGCUCAGUGUAUAUCAUAUUGAAAUGAUGAGAAGUAAAGCAGGCGAUUGCAGCUAUAUUUUGCGCUACUUUAUGAAUGACGGUGUCAGCAACAGCACCAUGUCCAACUGCUUGGAAACCAUUGCAGACCGAGUGGUUACUGCUUACAUCAAGGACGCUUCUUACAAGGCUGCCUUCCAGAGUUUGGACAGUGAAUUGCGUACACAAAUGACUAAUUUACUCAAAUUGUGCUGUCAUCGUCUACGCAAGGUGCACUCGCUCGCUGUCAAAAUAUCAGAGCGCAUCGUCACUACGUUUCCUCAGGUAUUCGCCGAGAAGUCAUUGAUUACGCUGUUGCUAGAACUGGUGCAACUGCUGUGGUUGAGUUGCGAAGCCGAAUACCGCGACGAAUACUAUCCUACGUUCCAAUUUACGUCGCCUCGCGUGGGUGUCACGAUUGAGCUGGGCGACUCGUUUACUUAUCGCAAGGACAUUUGCUCUCACAUGUAUGAAAAUGGCAAGAAAUGGCUUCAGAUAUCCAUGGACCGUGCUCCCAUGGAGAUCAAUGGCUUGCUGCAAGACUAUUUGGCCGAGUAUGUGCGCUACGAUCCUGGCGUGCCCAUUGAUUCAGCUCAUCUAGGCAGAACGCUGGCUCUGGAAGUGGGUAAAGCAGCUGCCAAAAAUGAAAUGACAGUGGAUUUCGUGCCUCGUGUGCGUGGCGUGCAGCUGGACGAUUCAUCUGAUUUUGUCGAUGGAUUCACCUCAAGACGCUACUACAUUGGUGAAGUCAGCGGGAUCGAGUACCUUGCGGGCAUGCGUCAUGGCGCUGACAAGUUGCCAGAUAACAAUACAGGCACUGGUUUGAACGAACAGGUGCCUAUUGUUUGUAAAACAUUGCAAGCCCUGUUGGAUGAUGUGAAGCAAAGCCGUAAGAUUCCAGUGGAUCGUUUGAGACGCACCAUGCUCCAAACAGCCAGUUUUAUCGUGUCUCUACCGACCAUUCAUCCUGAUCUGAUUACGUAUAUUGUGCGUAUCCCUGUCCAUAUCUUCACUCCUGAAUCACUGGAAAUAGGCACGGAUGUCUGGAACUGGGUUCUUGUGGAGAGAUCAGACAUUGAAAAGCGAUUGAUGGUGGAGAUUCUCAACAUGUGGAGUUGGGCUCAGCGCUACAGAAAGGGCCUCUUCUCGCCUAAACUGAACGCAAAGCACCCGUUUGUCAGCAGAAUGACCUAUGCCCCCUCAGAUAGAUCCAUCAUCGACAAAAACAGCCGCAACAUGACACGUCUGUUUACACCUCACAUCACUUGGAUCAAGUUCUUGACCAGUCGAUUUUAUGCCAUUCGUCAUCGCAGUAAGCAUUUGAUCAACAUGCUGAUCCGUCUGCUGCAGGAUACCUUCCACAACUCGCACUUGAUGAGCACACACUCGUUUGCUCGUCUUCCUCGCUUCCAGCUGCUGUUCUUGGGCAUGAAAAUUCUUCAUUCGGCACAGAUGGAGGCAUUGGCAGAGUAUCGCUUCCGCUCUCUAGUGUAUGGCUCUGCGUUUAACUGGUUCUCUCUGCCGCCCAAAUGGCAUUAUGGCUCUCGCAAGAGUUAUGCGCUGGUGGAGCAAAAGAUGCUCACGGAUUUCUAUGGCGUGGUCAUCAACGAUACGCCGCGUCUCACGGAUCUUGUCACCAGCUCCACGUCUCGCAACAGUAGCUCUAAGGUUGCGUCUGGCCUCUACAUGUUUUUGAGCGACAAGACCAAGGAUGAUAUUUUGCGCGAACAAAAGCUGACCAAGCGCCUGCUUUUGUUGCUGUUAGACAGUGAGCUGUCUCGUCUCGCUGUGUGGUGCAACCCCUUGAACGCUGUGGGUCCUGGCUAUCCUGCCAACUAUAUUGGCAACACGGAAAAGUCAUUCACGACGGACGAUAGCUGGAAAGAAAUGGUGCGUUUUGCCUGGGAGACAUCGCCCAAAGUAGCCGUGCAAAUGGCAGCUCGUUUCGUGCAAGUGGCAGUGCAAAGAGAGUUGCAUACCUUGAUUGCCAACAACACAUUGGAUGUGGUGGAUGUGCCCGAGGCAUUGGAGCUGUUGCUGGGAGAAAAGGUGCAGCCCAACGCUAAGCUUGAUUUGCGCUAUUUAAAGUACUGGGCACCUGUACCAGCCAUCACAGCCGCCAACUACUUUAUGCCCGCCUACGGCAAUCAUCCCUUGAUCUUGCAGUAUGCUAUGCGUAGCCUGGAAUAUUAUCCUGUGGAUACUGUCUUCUUUUACGUGCCUCAGAUUGUGCAAGCACUUCGCUAUGAUGAAUAUGGCUAUGUGGAAAGAUACAUCAUGGAAGCUGGCCAGGUCUCUCAGCUGUUUGCACAUCAGAUCAUUUGGAACAUGAGCGCCAAUUUCUAUGUGGAUGCAGACAAGGAGUGCGUCAAGCCUGAUCCAUUGAAACCCACUUUGGAAAAGAUCAUUAAUAAUCUAGUGUCAUCCUUUACUGGCGCAGAUCGUGAUUUCUAUGAGCGUGAAUUCAAGUUCUUUGGUGAUGUUACAGCCAUCUCUGGUUAUCUAAAAGAGUACAUUAAAUACGGCCAGACAGAGAAGAAGCCCAUGCAGAAGAAACGCCUGGAUGAAGAACUCGCUAAAAUUAAGGUGGAUGUGGGUGUCUAUCUUCCCAGUAAUCCAGAUGGCCAUGUCGUUGACAUUAACCGCACCUCGGGCCGUCCCCUUCAAAGUCACGCCAAAGCACCUUUCAUGGCUACCUUCAAGAUUGAAAAGGAAAAGGAGCAAGAGGAAGGCAUUGACGAUAACGCCAAUGACGAUGAAUCACAAAAAUCCGUAGUGACACUCUGGCAAAGCGCUAUCUUCAAAGUGGGCGAUGAUUGUCGACAGGAUGUGCUUGCCUUGCAACUGAUUGCCGUGUUCAAAAACAUUUUCACCAGCAUUGGCAUGGAUCUCUAUGUGUAUCCAUACCGUGUGGUUGCUACUGCACCUGGUCGUGGUGUUAUUGAUGUGAUCCCUAGAUCUAUUUCUCGUGAUCAGUUGGGCCGUGAAAAGGUCAACAGCAUGUAUGACUACUUUGUUGCCAAGUACGGUGGGCCCAAUUCCAUCGAUUUCCAGAGAGCAAGGACCAAUUUUGUACAGAGUGUCGCUGCCUACUCGUUGAUCUCCUACUUGCUGCAAUUCAAGGAUCGUCAUAAUGGUAAUAUCAUGCUGGAUGACGAUGGUCACAUCAUUCAUAUUGAUUUUGGUUUUAUCUUUGACAUUGCUCCCGGUGGUAUUGGAUUCGAAAGCUCUCCAUUCAAAUUGACAACAGAGAUGGUACAAGUCAUGGGCGGUAAUUCAGAGGAGCAAGCCUUCAAGCAGUUUUCUGAGCUUGUCAUCAAGGGCUAUCUUGCCUGUCGUCCUUAUGCUGAGCUCAUCAUGCAAUUGGUUACUUUAAUGUUGCAAUCAGGGUUGCCUUGUUUUAAGGGCGAAACAAUCAAGAGAAUGCGCACACGUUUCCAGACAGACAAGUCCGAUAGAGUAGCUGCUGAUUUCAUGAUUCAAAGAGUCAAGGAUUCAUUUGAGAACCAGAGAACAGUUUUAUAUGAUUACUUUCAGAAGGUGACUAAUGGCAUUCCAUACUAA